AUUGACUUGCUAUUGAGUAGGGCACGGAUGGACGACACUUUGGGUCAAAAUUGAAACUCUUUUUUUGUUUUAUUCUAACAAGCUUUAGUGAGUUGGUGCGCUUGGCAUGCAUACGGGUAUGGACAACGCUUAGUCAUCUUAAAACUCUUAAGUCAACCUAGUCUUGAUGCCUCGAGACUACUUUACAUAUCGAUUGUCAAACACUUCUACAAGAAUACGUACAAGUUGAUACAUUCAUAUUUGUUUGUAGUGAAAUGCACCCUCGAUCAACAUGAACAGAAGCUCAAACGGCUGCUGGACCUGUCGACUGCGGCGCAAGAAGUGCGAUGAGCAACGUCCUGUUUGCAAUGAAUGCCUGACGCUCCACAUCUCUACCUGCAAGUACGGCGAUAAACCGGUAUGGAUGGACGGUGGUAUAAAGCAAGAGGCCAUGUCGGAGCAGAUCAAGAAUGAGGUCAAACAGCACGCUCCUUAUCGUCGUCGCGGGAAGCAGGAGUCGGCGGCUAACCUUAAUAACAACGUCUCUAUCUCUAUUGCCGAGUCCGAAGAUCAGAGCGCGGCCCGUUCUAAUAUACAUGAUUUCAGCACGCCUCCUUCAGGUCCAUCAGAUGUUACUUCUCCCGUCGACACCAAGAGAGUAUGCAAGCAAAUACUACAAUUGAGACCCUUCGGACAGUCGGACUCGGUACUACUAGUAUUUUACCUCGAACGCAUCCUCCCUUUCCUAUUCCCUUUCUAUCGGCCUGCGCCGCUCCAUGGCGGUCGAGCAUGGAUUCUGGAUUUGGUCAUCAGUAGCCCCGUCUUCCGUCAAGCCAUCCUUUGCCAGAGCUCAUAUUUCUUUGCAUUGGCACACGGAACCUCUACUAUUACAGAUGAUCGCAUGUGGGAAACUCUACUUGAGCAGACGAAGGAUGCGUUUAACAUGUUACGAGGUUCCAUUCGGAUUAUCGAGAGCUACGACAAGAAUGAGCAUAUACUUGGCAGUGUUCGUGCUAUGGCUGCUGUCAUGCAGCUGCAACGCUUCGAGAUCGCUAUCACUUGUUUUGACAACUGUCAGGCCCAUCUCAGUGCAGCUUUAACGCUUUUCAAGAAAGUAGUUGAUGUCGUUGGAGCUGCCAGCCUCGCUAGCUCUUCCACCACGUUCCAAACUAUCCUCAACCUCCUUGGCCUGCCAUCAUGGAUCCUACCAGCCCAACAAGCUGAGGUAUCUAGCUCUGAGCAAGCCGCCUUUCGCUUUUCAACAGCCCUGUUACUUUUUGAUGAUAUCAUCGCGAGCACUGCCUUGCAAGAGCGGCCUCAACUAUACGACUAUCACCAAAGUCUUUUAUGCCAAAACGACGGGAUCGAUAUUGUCCCGCCCAUCAACCUUGAAACUACCAUGGGGUGUCAAAACUGGGUUCUCAAGCAAAUUGGCGAGAUUGCUGCUCUAGACGCAUGGAAGAAACGUUGUAGUGCUGCCGGCAAUUUGGAUGUUGCUGAGUUAGUACAUCGCGCCGCGGCUAUCAAGAAAACGCUCGAGGCUCAUGUCUCCCAGUUUGAAACCUAUUUGGUUUCCGUGCCUGAGGGGAGCAGUCUUCUAGACGACAUGUUCGCAGCAGAAGAUCACGCCGGACAGGCUCGGACUAUCGCCCGACAAAGCUGGUUGGUGACACGGAUCUGGGCUCAUAGUGCCUUUCUCUAUCUGUCUGUCAUCGUAUCCGGCUGGCAGCCUGCCAACGUCGAUGUACGGCAUCAUGUAUCACAAGUCCUCGAGCUGUUGACACAUCAAGUAUCACCUCCGGCGUUGUUGCGCACCAUGGCCUGGCCAUUCUGCGUUGUUGGCUGCUUGACAGAAUCUGCGCAAAAACCCCGCAUACGCGAGAUGAUAGAUUUGCUACGACCGGCCAGCCGCUUUAGUACUGUGCGCCGAGGCUUUGAUAUUAUUGAAAAGGUGUGGAAUGAUAGGGCCAUGGGCAAUGCUGGCGAAUUUGCCACGUAUUUUCGAAGUGAUACUACUCUCGUGUUACUCGUUUAAUAUAGCAAGGCAUUAUUGCUGAGAACUUUUUUGAUUUUCAAUUGUUCGGUACCACGCUCUUGGAAAAUGCACUUAAGUCACAAAGUUUUUUUUUGUUAUUUUGAAUCUUUCGGUAGAUUUUGGUGUCCUUUUUCUAAAAUUCUUUUUUGAACUCGUCCCACUAGAGGCGCCUUACGAAACGUUUUUAGCAGGACUAAUAAGAGUGUUCUUAGUUGAUCGAAUAUUUUAUUUGACUUGUACUCUACUCCACGUCUGAGUUUCAAGCUAAUUGGAGCAAUUUUUCCUGCAUAAGGAAGUACUGAAGUCAAGGUGCUGAGCUAAGGGACUACUUCACUAAGCCCCUGGACCUUCUUCGAUAUUCAUGUAGGUCUCAAGUCAGGCGCUCACUUACCUUGUUCAAUGGCAUGGCGUUUCGGAGCGCCCGAGUAGCUCUGAGAAAAUCCUACGAGGUCAUGGGGGUCUGUUCGAGC